AGCAAAUAGAUUAUUGUAAAUUUGUACUAGCGGGGCUCCAAGAUGUGGAUUGCCAGUUCGCCAAAUCCAAUCCAACUGAAUUUUUGCUUCCAAUCUUCCCGCUGCUCUGCCCUUUCCUACUUCUGAUCGACAACCCAUUCAUUCGACCCGGUGCUUUGGGCUCUGCCAUCUUCCUUCGCCUCUCUCAGUAUGCCGUCUCGGAGAUCUGGGACGCCGGCGUUUGUCCUGUUGCUUCUUGUGAUCUCCCUCUCCUUUUGCACAUCAAGUUCCGAGCUUGAUUCUCGAUGGGCAGCUAAGAAGCUGGAGAUGCGAGAUAAGGUCCGAGAGAUGUUCUAUCAUGCUUAUGAAAACUACAUGACCUACGCGUUUCCGCAUGAUGAGCUGAAGCCUCUUACCAAGUCAUACACAGACUCUCUAAGCGAGCUUGGGAAUCUCAAGCUUGAGCAUUUGCCUACAGAUUACAGUGGCUCGGCCCUUACACUCAUUGAGUCAUUAUCUAGCCUUGUUAUAAUGGGAAACAACACAGAAUUUGAAAGGGCAGUUGGUUGGCUGUCGAAGAAUUUGUCAUUUGAUGUUGAUGCCAGGGUAAACCUUUUUGAGUGCAAUAUAAGAGUUCUCGGAGGGCUUGUUUCUGCUCAUAUUCUUGCAUCUGACUCGAAGAAUCGGUUGAUUCAAGGUUCUUAUGAUAAUGAAUUGCUGGGUCUGGCUGAAGAUUUGGGCCGGCGUUUCUUACCUGCAUUUGAUACACCAACUGGUUUGCCUUACGCCUGGGUCAACUUGAAGUAUGGAGUCAUGGAAGGUGAAACUACUGAAACUAGCACUUCAGGGUGUGGUUCUCUCAUACUUGAAAUGGGAGCACUGUCACGAUUAACUGGGGACCCAAGAUAUGAAUUUGCAGCUUUACGGGCUCUGAGGAAGUUGUGGAGUAUGCGUAGUUCAUUGAACUUAUUCGGAACAACUCUAGAUGUGAUGACUGGAGAGUGGAUUGAGCACUCUUCUGGGAUUGGAGCUGGGGUUGAUUCUUUCUACGAGUAUCUAGUCAAGGCUCAUAUUCUAUUUGGAAAAGAUGACUACUGGAGAAUGUUCCAGUCAGCUUAUCUAGCUGUGCAGAAAUACUUCAGACAUGGCUCAUGGUACCAUGAAGCUGAUAUGAGGAGUGGAAGAGCAACUUAUUGGCAGCUGACAAGCCUUCAAGCAUUUUGGCCUGGUCUACAGGCAAGUUUUUCCUUGAUUCAGCAUCACUUUCCAUGGUUCUUGUGGGGGAUGUCCGAGCUGCGAAUUCCUCCCAUCGAGAGUUCUUUUCUGUCUGGGAAAAGUAUGGGGUGCUACCAGAAAGAACUGAGGAAACCUAAUGAGAUAAUAAUUUUCAGGUAUUUGCUGGAUUAUCAGACUGUGCACCCUACAGAAAAGUAUUAUCCACUGCGUCCUGAAUUGGCCGAGUCCACAUUUUACUUAUAUCACGCGACUAAAGAUCCUUUUUAUAUAGAGGUGGGCGAAGCAAUUGUUAACUCUCUCAACUUCUACACUAAAGUUGAGGGAGGAUUUGCUAGCAUUCGAGAUGUCACAACUAUGCAAAGGGAAGAUCACCAGCAUAGUUUCUUUCUCGCAGAAACGUGCAAGUAUCUGUAUCUUCUCUUUGAUGAUUCGUUUUUAGCUGGUAGAAACUAUGUGUUUACAACUGAGGGUCACCCUCUCCCAGUGCUAAGUGAUUGGCAUGAUCGACUUCCAGAAGCCUACAUCCCAUCGAAUUGGACCUAUGUCAAGAGUCGGAUGCCAACGGAACGAGCAAGUGCGAUGUCACUGCAAGUAUGUCCUGCAACAAGCUUGAGUCUGGGAGAAGGCCAGCAGCCAAUCGAGAGCGUCUGCCACGUCGUUGAUGCCCGCGGGGACCACCGGUGUCUGAGAGACGAGGAGUGUGGGGUCGAUGCAACCUCCUGCAGAAGCAGAUCGUGUAGCAUUGCUGGAUACUGUGGGUUGUGGCUGUUGGUAUAGCGCGCACACAUCGAUGAGAUUAGAUGACCGCCAUAUAUACAUACAUUCUUUGAAGAACACUAACAUGGUUAGCAGUUAUUUAACAGGGAAACCACAGAGCUCAGAAAGCAAUCAAAGAGCAAUGAAAUGGCAUUUGUAGAAGGGUUAAAGGGAUUAUUGCUGGGCGCAGGUAUAGAAAAAGAGUGGAUUCUUGUUUUUCGCAAGCGGCAUACACUAUAGCUAGAGCAGGGUCAGAAUGCAGACAUUCCAGUGGAUUUAAAUCUGAUCUGUGGUCUUACAAGAAGGGGAUGUUUCAUUUGUUCUUCAUCAAUUAUCAUCAUCAUCCUCAAUGCUACAUUCGAAGGGUCUCUUCGGCCCUUGCAGUGAAGAAUUCUUGUGCAGUGAGUUGAAGUUAGAUCAUUUACCAUUUCCAUUUCCAUCUUGCUACAAUCAUCGAUGAACAAAGAACAGAUUAUCAGACAUUUCUCAGUG